AUGGAUGAAGACACUGUCGCUCUUGCCAUCCUCGGCACGAUUUUCGUCUUUAUUAUCUCCUCUCCACUCCUCAUCACGGCCUGCAUCGCAGCCGCCACGACCCGUAAAUGGGCUGCGGAGCGACGUAGAGCUACAUGCGGUCGGACUGGCAAGUACGACACCGAGUCGAGUAGACUCAUCGACUCCGCAGAGGAUGACUCCGAGCCAGAAACAGAGUUCCUGGACUCAGAGGACGAAGAAUACUACAACGUCAAGCAGCAAAGGCGUAUUCAAGACCGCGAAGAGAGAGAAGCCGAUAUGCGCCUAACCACGCGUGCCAAGUUCUUCAGGGAAUGGAAGAAGUGUUGGACCGGUCCUGGAACACCUGAAAAACGGAAGAAAGACCAAGAAUUUAAAGAACAAGAGCAGCAUCGCAAGAUAGCUAGAGAGGCAGUUCGCGAGUACCUCAGGAUUGAACGGAAGAGGGCCAGGCAGGCAACACACCAGGAACGCUCCGAAAACGAGAAGCCGGUAACCAUGGAGCAUGGCAGUUUUUUCAAGAGAGACUAA